AUGUUCAGCUAUGAUCGCGUCACCGUGUGGCGAUUGCCAUUAUUUCUAAUGAUACUUGGCCAAGCCAAUGCCGCUAUGAUGCCAGCCAACAAGAUAGUUACCGAGGUAGCUGCUGCCCCGGAAGCUGCCAGGGUCGAAGGCCUUGGGAGUGGAAUAGAUCAUGGGGCCGACACCAAAUCAACUCCAAAAUAUCGAAUAAAGGAUAUGAAGGUCAAGCGACUUGGUCGGGCCGGUCUGAAAGUGCCGAUCUUCUCCUAUGGCGGAGCGUUGAAUAUGGGCACUGUGAACACCGGUGCUGCCGUUAAAGAGCUAAUGCAGACUGCCUGGGAUCAUGGUUGCAACUACUUUGACACUGCGGAGGGCUAUGCGAACGGGAACGCAGAGAGAGAGAUCGGCAAGGCUCUAAAGGAGCUGGGAUGGGAGCGGAGGGAGUUCAUGGUGGCCACCAAGAUAUUCUUCGGCACCGGCGAUUCGGAGGCGCCCAAUGCGCAGGGCCUUUCGCGGAAGCACAUCCUCGAGGGCAUGCAAGGUUCGUUGGAACGACUCCAGCUCAGCUUUGUAGACGUUGUCCACGCCCAUCGACCCGACCCCGACGUCCCCAUGGAAGAGAUUGUCCGCGCGUUCCAUCACCUUGUCGAUAAAGGCUACGCUCACUACUGGGGUACCAGCGAAUGGAGCGCCCAACAAAUUCAAGAAGCUGUCGCCGUGGCUAAGGAUUGCAGAUUGAUCGCUCCGGUCGUUGAACAACCUGAAUAUUCUAUGCUUCGCAGGGAACGGUUUGAAGUCGAGUACGACCCAAUCUUCAAGGACUUGGGAUAUGGGUCGACGAUUUGGGGUCCAUUGAAUAAUGGAAUCCUGACAGGAAAAUACAACGACGGGAUCCCGGACGGGUCGCGCAUGGACGUCCAGAGAGACCACAAGUACGUCAAGGUAAAAAAGGCCGCACUGCAGUCACCACAAGGACAACAGGACAUCGUGAAGGUUAGGAAAUUAACUAAGCUAGCCAAAGAUAAGCUCAACUGCUCUGUCGGCCAAUUGGCCCUCGCCUGGGCUGCUAGUAACCCUCAUGUCAGCACCGUCAUCCUUGGCGCGACUAAACCGGAACAGCUGAAAGAGAACUUUGGAGCGUUGAAGAUCAUCGAGAGAUUAACGCCGGAAAUCAUGCAAGAAAUUGAAUCAAUCAUGGAUAAUGCGCCCAUCCAUCCUUCCGCGGAUAAUCAAGCUAUAUAG